AUGACGAGGAUCAUGUCCAAGCAGACGUCUGGUGUCGCAGAGACGCCGACCAAGUCCAAGAAGAAACGCCCCAGGGGCAGCUCUUCGAGAAGGGUGGCCCGCAAGAGGGCCCCUAAGGACAACGCUCCAGAUUCUGUGCGGCGGCAUUUGGACUUCGGGUUUGAGGGUGACGAUGCUCCGGACUCCGGAUCCAGAGCUGCAAGGGAGACAAGGAUGGAGGCUUCCCCUGCUGAGACAUCCGGCGGAGAGGAUAAUGAUCUUUUCGGUGGGCAGUUCAAGCCCAGCAGACGCACGCCACCCGCUUCUGCUAAGAUGGCUGCGAAGCAGUCCGGGUCUGCCAAGAAGAAGCAGAAGACGAAGACUGCCUCCGAGGAGGCAGGGUUGGAGCAUCAAGAGCCACUUCAGAAGGGUGACGUGGACGAGGCGAGUGCGGAGGAUGAUGAUUCGCAGUCCUCCGGCCAAGAGGCCCCUGAGCCGACGAAGGAGGCCUCCACGGCUGGAAAGGUUGUAGAGCCCGAGCUGGUUCGCCUGCUCACGGCUUCCACUUCCUCGCAAGAUGUGCCAGUCUUUGUCAAGAUUCUGCAAGCUGAAGAGCUGUUCAGCUUGAGCGAAGCAGCGGAUCUUCUGUGCGAGAUGGAUCCAAGCCACUUUGUUCGGAGCGGUUUUACGGAUACUUGA